GAGCCCGGAGAUGAGUUCCCAGUCGUUCAGGCGACUCCGUAGUGCCGACAUCGCUACCGCACCACAGGAACGAAACCGCCCUUGGAUAACCCCGACUGGAAGAACCGUGCCCGUGGCACUGAACCUGGUUGCGUACGCAAGGCUUGACUCCACAUCGACGCAAGUUUCAUCGCAUUAGUGCUGAAAGACGGCCUCUUGUUCCGCGAAAUUCCAACACUACAGAUCUGGACCUCCAAUGCCUGCAUCAGCUACACUAAGACCAAAGUGAAAGACCACUUCCUACCGACGCCAGCAGUUGAAGGACCAUAGGACCAUCGCGGUGACUUGCGGUGCCUUUAAGUCGUACUGACGAUCCCGGUCAUCCAAGGACAGUUCAUUUGGUCAUGACAACAGAUCACGACGACGCACUGAGGCCGACUAUACGAACGGCAAGCCUAGCGGCCCUCUUGGUGUUGUCGUCAUUGUUUGCAAGCACGGACGGAAACGAUCGGGAAGCGGGCGGUCCUGCCGAGGCCAGAUCGUACCUCACGCACGACCUCGACCUUUCGUCAACCAUGUGGGAGACUCUGUCCUCCACAACGGCGUCCUCGUCUGGACUCGCCGUAACGCUCCGAGACACCCCGCUCCGGCCCAGGUUUAGCCAGGAACAGGCAUUACUGGAGCUGCAGUUCACAGGAGACACCACGCACGGUUUGCGACUGGCGCUAGAGGGCGCCCAGCAGAGACUGCGGCUAAGGUCCACCGAGGUCGGCCGACAGAGGCGGCGUCGUCAACAACACGUCGUGGCCGACUUCGUCGGCAGUGGACGUCACCGGCGUGCCGCGCGAGGUCAUCCUCUGUUCUCGACGGCCGAAGGAACGCGCGGCUUGAUGACCAACACAGACGUCCACGUCUUCCUAGACUGCCAGGUUCAAGAACGGCUGUCACUCUCACUGCCCCUGCGAGAGAUGGCUCGCCAGUCCACAGGUCUCAGAGUCUAUCGGGACAAGAGGAUAAAGGUGAACACUCUGCAUAACGUAACGAUGCACAACGUGCUCCGCAGGGCGUCCCCGUCCUGCAAAAGACGGGAGGCCCUGACCACGCCUUCGGUCACUGUUUCCGGCAGAAGCAGCAGCGGCGGCGGAAGUACCAGCAGCCGAAUGUCGAUGACGUCAGAAGGAAGCGACCACGUUGGUAGGCGAAGUGCCUGGAGUCCAAGAAAGCCAUCGAAGGUCCAGACACGAGCCUUGCUGAUGCUGACCGAGACGUUGUCCCGCUGCCACCUGUGCCAGCGGCAAUCGGCCGACCAUGACCUAAUCGUCAACGUGGGCGCGGCGCCCGCGACCUGCGCGAGUCGGCCCUGCUUCCCGGGGGUGCGGUGCGUGGACACGUCGCACGGUGACUACCGGUGCGGGCCGUGUCCGUCGGGCUACACGGGCGACGGCAUCCGCUGCCAGCCGAACGACAGGUGCGCGCACGAGAAGCCCUGCUUCCCGGGGGUCACGUGCCGAACGCUCCCGGAGGAGGGCUACCACUGCGGACCGUGUCCCGAGGGAUUCCACGGCAACGGCACCCACUGCGAGGACCUGGACGAGUGCGACGCGGCUGAACCUUUUCCAGGCGUGGCGUGCGUGAACGAGUACCCGGGCUUCCGGUGCGGUCCGUGCCCUAGGGGCUUCGAGGGCGACGGCGACCACCGGGGCGUCGGCCUUGCCUUCGCUCGGGGCUCCCCGCAGCAGUGCCGAGACGUGGACGAGUGCGCCGACGGACGAAACGGAGGAUGCGUGCCGAACUCGCGCUGCAUCAACACGCAGGGAUCGAGGGUUUGCGGAGAGUGCCUGCCGGGAUUCCAGGGCAACCAGACGUCCGGCUGCCAUCCGCGACCGGGUACCUGUCCGGACGGGACGCUGUGCGACGCGAACGCCGACUGCGUGCCGCCACGCGCGGGGCAUCGACACCCGCAGGAAGAGGAUCGGGAGUACGGCUGCCGCUGUCGCGUCGGGUGGGCCGGAAACGGACGCCACUGCGGCCCUGACCGCGACCUCGACGGAUGGCCCGAGACUGCACACUAAUGCAGUCGCACAACGGUGUUUUGCAGGUGGCGCUUGCCGUGCCGACAAGCGAGGUGCCGGCCGGACAACUGUCCGGGCACCCCGAACUCGGGCCAGGAAGACGCCGACGCGGACGGCCAGGGCGACGCCUGCGACUCGGACGCCGACAACGACGGCGUGCCGAACAAUCCGGACAACUGCCCUCUGUCAGCGAACCCGGGGCAGGAGGAUACCGACCCGGACGGACCCGACUACAAGGGUGACGCGUGCGACAACUGCCCCCUGGUGUCGAACCCAGACCAGACGGACUCGGACAGCGACGGGCGCGGCGACAGCUGCGACGAAGACGCCGACAACGACGGUGUGCCCAACGAGAGGGACAACUGUCCCACGGUGCGCAACAGGGACCAGGCCGACACGGACGGAGACGGCCUCGGAGACGCCUGCGACAACUGUCCCAGAAUGUCCAAUUACGACCAGGUGGACACGGAUCGAGACCUGGUAGGCGACGCCUGCGACGACAACAUCGACAGGGACAGGGACGGCGUCCAGGACAGCCGGGACAACUGUCCCGACGACCCAAACUCGGACCAGCUGGACACCGACUCGGACGGAGAAGGGGACGCCUGCGACUUCGACAAAGACAACGACGGUGUGGCGGACAGUCAGGACAAUUGCGCGCUGGUCUCGAACCCGGACCAGCGGGACACCAACCGGACCGGGGUCGGAGACGCCUGUCGCGAGGACUUCGACGGCGACUCGGUGCCAGACGCCCUGGACGUGUGUCCCGACAACCGGCGCGUCUACGCGACGGACUUCCGUGCCUACCAGACGGUUGUGCUCGACCCGGAGGGCGACUCGCAGAUCGACCCGCAUUGGGUCGUCUACAACAAGGGCGCAGAGAUAGUGCAGACCAUGAACUCGGACCCGGGACUGGCCGUAGGGUUCCAGCACUUUGGCGGCGUCGACUUCGAAGGCACGUUCUUCGUCGACACCGAGGUAGACGACGACUACGUGGGCUUCGUGUUCGGUUACCAGGACAACGGCCACUUCUACGCCGUAAUGUGGAAGAAGAGCAGCCAGACUUACUGGCAGGCCACGCCCUUCCGAGCAGUGGCCGAGCCGGGCAUACAGCUCAAGCUCAUCCACUCGGACACCGGACCCGGGGAGACGCUGAGGAACGCGCUGUGGCACACCGGACACACGCCGGGACAGGUUCGCCUCCUGUGGCGCGACCCCCGCAACGUGGGCUGGAAAGAGAGGGUGGCGUACCGCUGGCUUCUGCUGCACCGCCCCGAACUGGGCCUCAUCCGGCUGAGAAUAUUCGAGAGCGACCAGAUGGUCGCCGACUCCGGAAAUAUUUACGACUCGGCGCUCAGGGGAGGACGCCUCGGAGUGUUCUGCUUCUCGCAGGAGGCCAUCAUCUGGUCGGACCUGGUCUACCGAUGCAACGAGGCCCUGCCGGACGCCGCCUACAGAGACCUGCCGCCAGAACUGAGGAGGAAGGCGCGGCGCGACAACGUAACACCCUCCCAGGUGCCUCUGGGACCGGUCGUCUACAGCGACAACUUCGUCGACUAAGCCUUAAAGUGGUAGCCGGCAAUUGCCGAUGAAUCGGUGCGCAUCGAAGAAGCAAUAAUAAAGGACGACGUUUUCUUC